AUGGUGUUAGAUGGACUCGGUCUGGACAAAGAUGCUACGCUGGCAUAUAUCAGUGACAAUUCCCCCACCUAUCCACAGUUUGAAGCGUGGGUUUUGGAACAGAGCGGUGGAAGCCUUGAUCGAUCAGCGGUCGCCGAACUGAACGCUGCAAUUGCGGGCUAUAAUCAUGACGAUGAUACCCGCGGGAGCAUCCUCGGUGCAAGCAGCAUUGAUGACGACGGCUCCAUCUUAGACGCUGUUAAUCUCAACAACCUUGAUGACUGGUAUGAACUUCACGCCAGUUUAGGUUAG